AUGAAAUUCUACUCCUUAUCAUCUGGAGUGGCAAACUUCUUGCUAUCUGACAGUGAAGGUAGAGAACUGGAUCUCCCCUUUCAACUUACAGAUCAAGAAAUGGAGAUCGUCCGUUAUAAUAGAAGUACAUUUAUACUGGGACGCUCAGGCACCGGGAAGACAACAGUUCUUACAAUGAAAUUAUGUCAGAAAGAACAGCAGCAACGUAUUGCAGAGGAAGGAUUCUAUGGUGUUGAGAAUGCACUCUCGCAUGUUUUUCCGGUUGAGCAGAGUCCUACUGGUGCUAAUAUGUGUGUCUUGCGCCAGCUUUUGGUGACAGUGAGUGCAAAACUCUGUUUUGCCGUCAAGCAACAUGUUUUACACUUGAAAAGUUUUUCUUCUGGGGGAAACCAUUCAGGUGAAUGCAGUUCGACUGAUAGCAUUGAUUUUGAGGAUAAAGAAGCCCAGUUCAACAAUAUCCCAGAUUCUUUUCUUGAUAUUCCGCCCAACUGUUAUCCUCUUUUCGUAACAUUCCAUAAGUUCUUGAUGAUGCUUGAUGGAACCCUAGGUAACUCAUUCUUUGAAAGAUUCCUUGACACCUCAGAACCUCGACAAAAGGAGGUCAAUCUUGCGAGGUUCAGCACUUCUUAUUGGCCUCAUUUUAAUAUACAGCUAACAAAGAAGCUUGAUCCUUCUAAAGUAUUUACAGAGAUUAUCUCUCAUAUCAAAGGCGGCCUGGGAAUCACAGAAGCAGGUGAUGGAAAACUCAGUCGAGGAGAUUAUGUCCAACGUUCAGAGGGCCGGGCGUCAAAUCUAAGCAAGGAGAAGAGGGAGAUGAUAUAUGAUAUAUUUCUGGUUUAUGAAAAAAAGAAAAAGAAAAAUGUUGAAUUUGAUGUCACUGAUUUUGUUAAUGAUAUUCACCGUCGACUCAGACGUGAAAAGUACAAGGGUCAUGAAAUGGAUUUUGUAUAUAUUGAUGAGGUUCAGGAUCUAACAGUCAAUCAGAUUAGACUCUUCAAACACGUUUGCAGUAAUGUUGAAGAGGGUUUUGUUUUUUCUGGUGAUACUGCACAGGCAAUUGCAAGGGGUAUUGAUUUUAGAUUCCAAGAUAUACGACACAUGUUCUACAAGGAAUUCGUACUGGAAUCAAAAAGAGAUAAACACGAAGAAAGAGAAGACAAAGGACAAAUCUCAAAAAUGUUUCAUUUGUCUCAAAACUUCCGUACGCAUGAUGGUAUACUGAAGUUAUCACAGAGCAUAAUUGAUCUACUUUACCAUUUCUUCCCCCAAUCUAUUGAUAAAUUGAAACCUGAAACCAGUCCAAUAUGUGGGGAAGCUCCAGUUUUGCUUGAACCUGUAAAAAAUGAGAAUAUAAUCAUGAAGAUUUUUGAAAGUAGUGAUACUUUUCAUGGAAAUAUAGUUGGCUUUGGAGCGGAGCAGGUUAUUUUGGUACGUGAUAAGCAUGCUCGGAACGAAAUUUCCAAUCAAGUUGCAAAGCGAGCUCUUGUUCUUACUAUAUUGGAGAGCAAGGGCCUUGAAUUUCAGGAUGUACUGCUUUACAACUUUUUUGGAUCAUCACCAUUGCAAAAUCAGUGGAGGGUGAUAUAUGAUUACAUGAAGGAGCAUGAUUUGCUUGACUCCUCUUUACCUGAGCACUUUCCAAGUUUUGAUGAAGACAAACACAACAUCUUAUGUUCCGAACUUAAGCAACUAUAUGUUGCUGUCUCUCGUACUAAACAAAGGUUGUGGGUUUAUGAGAAUAUGGAAGGGCUAUCCAAUCCCAUGUUUAACUAUUGGAAAAGGAAACGCCUUGUGCAAUUUAGGCACUUCGAUGAUUCACUUGCAAGGGAAAUGCAAGCUCAGAGCAAUCCAGAGGAGUGGGGGUCACGUGGCAUGAAGCUCUAUCAAGAGGAUAACUUUGAAAUGGCCACAAUGUGUUUUCAAAGAGCUGGUGAUACUUAUUGGGAAGGAAGGUCGAAAGCGGCUGGCCUGAAAGUUAUGGCUGACCUUAAGCGCACUUCAAAUCCUGAAAAGGCUAAUGCUCUCCUCAAGGAAGCUGGAGAAAUUUUUGAAUCUUUAGGGAAGGCAGAUUCUGCUGCCCAAUGCUUUUUUGAUUCUGGGGAGUACAAAAGAGCAGCUAGGAUUUAUUUGGACAAAUGUGGAAAACCUGGACUUGAAAGAGCUGCAGAAUGCUAUUCUCUAGUAGGAUGCUACAAGCAUGCAGCCGAAAUAUUUGAAUCUAUUGGCAAAGCAGAUUCUGCUGCCAGAUGCUUCUAUUAUUUGGGGGAGUAUGAAAGGGCAGCUAAUAUUUAUAUGGAAAAGUGCGGCGAACGUGGACUUGAAAGAGCUGGCAAAUGCUUCUCUCUAGCAGGAUUCUAUGAGCAUGCAGCCGAUGCAUAUGCCAGGGGCAAAUUUUUCUCCGAGUGUCUAACUAUGUGUUUGAAGGGAAAACUAUUUGACAGAGGUUUGGAAUAUAUUAAAUUUUGGAAGCAACAAGCAAGAGAAGAGUAUGAUCUGGCUUUAAGAGGAAAAGGUAUGGAUCAAAUUGAACUGGAUUUUCUUGAGAGCUGUGCAUUUCAUUAUCAUAAGGUUGAAGAUAACAGAUCCAAGAUGAAACUUGUUAAAGGUGAAAUGUUAUCUGGGCGAAAAUUUUUGAAUACUCAUCUUUCUUCAAGCUCAUCAAAGUAUGUGUGGGAAGAAAAUAUUAUUUGUGAUCUGAAAAAGUAUUCUGAAAUCAAGAUAUCUAAAAAGCAGGUUUCUAUUGAUUCACUGGUGUACUUUUGGAAAUUUUGGAUGGAUAAGAUUGUUUAUUUGAUAGAAUAUUUUGGAUCUCUUCAAACUCUAGACGUUAAUAAAAGAAGUGAUGGAGACUUCUUUUUAAAUUACUUGGCGGUGUUGGGGGAGUUUCAUGAUGAUUUGAAUCCAAUAUAUCUUUCACUCAUCUCUGAUGCUGAUUGGGUUAGUGGUGUGGAUAAACGUUAUUUUCUAAGUAAUGGUGAAUUGGUCACUGUUGAUUUUUGCCAAAUUGUUUCAUCUGCUAAGAUUUAUUGGAGUUCAGAACUACUCUCUUUUAGUACUAAGAUUUUGAACAAGCUUCAAAUUGGAGGAAAUCUUUGA